AGAGGCAAUGUCAAGUGUGUCAAACGAGUUUAAGAUUGUUACUGAAGUUUUUAGAUUUAUUGAGCAAUAAUUAGGAAAUAGUUAUACAAUUUUGCAGAAUUUUAUAUUAAAAAUUUAUAAGUAUGGUUAUGGUAUUAUAGAAAUAGUAAAAGAACAUCCACGAAAAUGGUUGUUUCACCGCAAAGCCCUGCUGGCGAAGCUCCAAAUGUGCAAGGUUCUAAAACCAAUAUGGCCUCCAAACAAACUUCUGUUGCCGAUACAAGAGUUGAAUUAGCAGAAUUAGUUAAAAGAAAAGCCGAAGUAGCCGAAACUUUGGCUAGUUUGGAGCGACAAAUAUACGCUUUUGAAGGCUCAUAUUUAGAAGAUACUCAACUGUAUGGUAAUAUAAUUCGUGGAUGGGAUCGCUACCUCACAACUAACAAGAGUACAAAUUCCAAAGCAGAUAAACGUAACAGAAAGUUUAAGGAAGCUGAGCGGUUGUUUUCUAAAUCUUCUAUAACGUCAAUGGCUGCAGUCAGUGGACUUGUCGAUCCAGCAGAAACAAAAAAUGAACGGAAUAGCGAAACUGAAUCCCAGACAAAUGAAGAUUCAUCGGAUACACAACUGAGCGGACUGAACUUAGGUAAUCUAAAUCACACAACAAUUCACGGCUCUACAGAGAGUAUUGCAUCCAAGCCAUCUGGGAAACAGCACACUAAUGGAGUUAUCGAAAAAGCAAUGAGUCAAACAAAACAAAGUGCAACCCAAAAGAUGGCAUCUGGUAUGUUACAAAAAUCAUUUAACAGUGAUACUAAAAUGCUCUCUGCAGUUGGCUUAGACAGUAGACCCGGAACUCCAAAAGAUAAAGAUUCUGCUCUUAGUAUUGCAAAGGGAGAUACAGCACUGAACUCAUUGAAGCAUAAACUCACUAAUAGCAAUAGUAAUAGUGUAAAGAAAAAUAACAAUAAAAAAGCUAGACAUAGAUAAUUAACUGGACUUAAGUCAUUCGGUGCCACCAAGUCGUCAAUUUUUGAUGAUAGCAAAGUUUCAAAUAAAUUUUAGUGGCAUAAAACAUUAGGCAAACAAUUUAAAAACAACAAAA